AUGACAUUCCCGUUCACACCGUUUGUAUUCCACUGGGUUAUGUUCUUCCCUUUCCUCAGUAGCUACCGAGUCCCUUCUGCAGCAAUAGACCGCAAACAACGCGGUUUCGGCGGACAAACCAAACCCAUCUUCAGAAAGAAGGCAAAGACCACCAAAAAGAUUGUCUUAAGGAUGGAGUGCUCGGAAUGCAAGUACAGGAAACAGUUGCCAAUCAAGAGAUGCAAACACUUCGAGAUCGGCGGCGACAAGAAGAGGAAGGGACAGAUGAUCCAGUUUUAG